AUGGUUACGCGCAUUCUCGGGCUACUAGCCCUCUGCACAAUCCCCCUCACCCAAGCAUCCGCCAUCCCCUCAAACCCCCAAGCCAUACUCCAGAAUGAAGCACCCAACCUCCACUCCGCGGAGGAAAUAGAAGCAGAAGGCUUCAACCGCCCAACCUGGUUCACAUCAACCUUAAUGGCCCGCCGCCUUCUGGCCAAAUCAUCUUCAGGCGUAAUCUCAACCAUCUUCCCUAACCCACCACCACCAUCCUCCCGUUCCCCUCAAGAUGUCGCUGGACUACCCAUAGGACUCCGUGAAUACAUCUCGGACUGCAACACCGCCCUGCCUGAUAGUCUCAGCAACACUGAUAAUGGCGAUCCGACUAUCCUCGCUCUCCGCGUCGCAACAACAUUCAAGAAUAUCGGCGCAGACUCGAAGAACUUCUCCCUCGAGUUAGACUGGUGGGAUCAUCUCGACCAGGCUGGACCUGUUUACCCUGGAUUACCACUUAGUCCCGCUGCGCUGCCUCGUGUGACGCUGUUCGGGUAUCUUGAUACACUUGAACUCGAAAGCGCCGGUGCAGGUGCUGCUGAGCUGGAAGAAUGCUUCCUUGAUUCACACCCCGAUGCCAAGGUGUGGCUACCCGGUGCGGCAGGUUCUCCGCACUCGAGUUUCUGGGCGCGGAUGGUCGUUACGGCUGUUUACUGGAUUGGCGGAUUUGGGGAUGUGCAGCAGAUUGGGUGGAUGGACGUUGAGGAGUGGAAAGGGGUUGGACAGUAUGAGAGUAGUGUUGGAGAUGGGCGUGGAUGGGAGGAUGUACGACUGCCGGGUGAGAAGGAGUAG